CUUCAACCUUUGACUCAGAAGAACUCCAAGCUUUGGAGUUUAAGAAGAAAUGGGUUUUUCCUUCUGUUGUUGAUUAAAUAUUUGAUGUGGGUUUUUUGUGUCUUCGUCUAAAAUUCGUGGAACAACACAGUAUGCACUGAUUUGACCAGAUGAAUACGCUGUGAGGUUCUUGCCAUGGCUUAUUAGAAGGUCUGACUGUAAUGGAGAGGAGUUGCAGUGAUUCCCCAGUUCUGCACAUGGAAGUUGCUCAUCCGAUUCCACUGUCUGACUCUUGGGAAAUCCCUGCUGAAUUGAUUUGGGAGAUCCUAAAAUGGGUUCCUAUAAAAUGCCUUAUGAGAUUCAAGAGUGUUUGCAAGUUGUGGCUAUCUAUAAUUCUGGAUCCUGCCUUUGCAAGAGCCCACCUCCGUGGUUAUGAAGGACUCCUUUUCAUAGGUCCUUCUCGUUCUGCACCGAAACACAGCUUUUUCCAUGUGAACCUGGAUAACAAUCCAACUGAACUUCGCCUCCACCUAACCAGGGAUCAUGGCGAUAAGAAAAUGGAUCGCACUAACGUUGUGAAUGGCCUUGUAUGCUUUUUCAACGGCAGUUCCUCAUGCUUGUUCAACAUUGCUACCCGUGAAAUCACGCUUCUUCCGCCCUCAACUGCAGAACUUCGAACUCGUGGUUACUAUUUGGGUUUUGAUCCGGUCAAUAGAUUAUACAAGUUGCUUAGAAUCCAAAUCAAAGCGCGUAAAUUGGGAUGUGAGAUUCUCUCAAUUGGCCUGGAUGCAUCUUGGAGACCCGUUGAUGGCCCACCCAAGAACAUAAUAGAGGAUAAAAGUGUGUGUUACAAUGGAGUUUUGUACUGGAUGGAAACGAAUUUGAAUAAAGAACCACAUUAUCGCGUUGCUUUUGAUCUUGGUCGAGAGAAGUUUCAGAUCCUUCCAUCCCCGCCUGGGGAAGAACGCAGGCCAUUCUCUGUUGGGAGAUUUGGGCCUAGUCUUACUCUAAUGUCUUGGGUGGGGGAUUAUACUGUUCGCGGCUGGAAUUGGGAGGGAUUUAUUUCUCGCUGUUGUAAUGAUGGUAUUGGCAGAGAUUCAGGGUGGGUGUGGGCUAAUGAGCGAGAAUUCAAGAUAUCUUUCUCCCGUGAAUAUGUGCCUUGCUUAAGGGGUCUUCUUCCCAAUGGAAAGGCAUUGAUUACUGAUGUUCGUGCUGGUAAAUCAACCCCAGGUCCCUUUUACUUGUUUGAUCCACCCAAGGGGGAGUUUGAAACUAUCCAGGUUCAUGGAACAACUGAGUCAGCUUCAGUACUGUUCAAAAAUGAGGCUGAUAUUUUCUAUUAUAAGGAGAAUAUCAUCUCAUUAAAGUCUUUGAUUUCCAGCAGGUAAGUUAUGUUGGUUGGCUUUUUACUUGACUGAUCUGAAAAAUCUCGAUUGCACCAAUGGAGAGGUCUUGGCGUUUAACUAGUCCUAUUCUGUGAAUUAUUUACCUUAGAGAGUAGAGAUGAGGCUUAAACUUGAAAGGUUGGUCGAACAGACAUUGUCGUCUUAGCUAUUUGUACAGUUAGCGCUGUAGGAAACAGGGGGAAGCUUUUUCUUAUUAUGUCUCUUUUUUUUGUGUUCUAGCUUUGUUGUGAAAGCUGCCUAAAGCUUCUUUCGUUUCUGUUUUGGGUUAAUGGUAAAUUAUGCUAGUCUAAAAUCCGCGGGCGAUUUUCUCCUUUCUGUAAGAAGCUCGCGGUAUUAGUAGUGUCUUGGUGUAAUGUUAUGAGGAUAAUGACUGUGCCCCCAAGAAGUUUUGUAUGUGCAUCAUCACCUAUAUAGAGAUGAAAGACUG